CAUCGAUACCUCUUAAACCGCCGCACUGCGUGUCUUGACAGCCAAGCUGGAUUUUGGCGUCGUUCUAUCAUCGCAAGAACCCCAGCUUGGUCAUGUCACUUGUCCGCGACUUCCUUGCACCACCAUCACGACCUAAUGUCCCGCUGACCCGCGUAACGUCUGCCAAAGACCCCGACUAUCACCAAAACAACAGCCCCUCCACCCAGCCAGGGCCGUCCACCACGCUCACCGCGCGACCCGGCACCCGUCGGACGACAUCGCUCCCGCAAACCCCUGCGCCCCCAUACGAUGAGGACGACGAGUUCAACUCCCGUGCCAUACGCAGAUCCGCCGACAGGUCGCGUCUCUACCCCCCAGACGCCCGCGAAGCAGCGUCCCACUCGGUCUGCUCGACCGCGACGAGCACGCCCAUCCCCUCCCGCGCGCCGUCGCCGUUCCUCUACUACUCCGGAACGUCCUCGUGCGACUCGGACAGCGAGAGCGAGCCCGAGUCGCCGCUGCUCGGCGAGGUGGGGAUCCGCAGGCGGUCGGGUUGGCUUGAGGACGAGCGCCCGCGUUGGCGGCUGUUUCGCCUGGGUGCCGGGGGCCACGCCAACGUUCACGCCAACGGCGAGAUAUGGCGUCGGCGGCGGCGGCGGUGGAGGGACUUCGUCUGGGGGCUCCGUUCGUCCAAACGCCUCCUGCGCAGAUUGGUCCGACAUCCGUUCUUUCCCAAGACGCCCGUCACGAUUCUGCUCACGCUCCUUUUAUUCGCGAUCUUCGGCGUGUCCCUCACAUUCCUGCUCAUCUACAUCCUCAACCCAGACAAGGAGCCGUUGCCGUGGCGUGGGUAUUGCACCCUUCCACAACGCUCCGCCGGGCCGCCAUCAUUGUCGCUGUCCCCGACAGCAUUUCUCCAGACGCCUCUGCCGACCAACUUCUCGCUGCCGUCGUUCCCGCCUGACGGUUUGGACUCCCUAGCACCGGCGGGCGUGUUCGUUGGGGUGUUUUCGAUGGACACUUCGGUGGAGCGGCGGAUGCUGAUCAGGUCGACUUGGGCGAGCCAUGUGCGGAGCAGGGAAGGAGCAGGUUUUGGCGAUGGGGGCGUGGGGACGUCGCGGACGAUCGUGCGGUUCAUCUUGGCGCAGCCGCAGAAGGAAUGGGAGCGGCGGGUGAAGCUGGAGAUGGAGAUGUACAAGGAUAUGGUGAUCCUCCCGCUCACGGAGAACAUGAACGAUGGCAAGACGCACGCGUUCUUCUCUUGGGCCGCGAACCACUCCUGGGUCCCUCCGAUAUAUCUUGACAGCCACGACAAGGUCCCGACCAACUUCACGUACCUGAACGCUACCAAUCCGGCUCCCGCGUUGGCUCAGCAUGACCCUGUGUUUGCGCACCGGGAUCAACUCAGUGCUUCCCCUCGACCUUGGGUGAGGCCGGACUUUGUGGUUAAAGCCGAUGACGACUCGUUCGUGAUGCUCGCGGAGCUCGAGUCCCGGUUACGCGUCGAGUUGUACAAGGAACCCCUUCCCCGUCCUCCAUCGCCCCCAGUCCGCAGCCCUCAGUGGAGACAGCAGUCGCAACCGCGGGACGACAGCGGCGAAGAGCCCUCGGUCUUGGACUACAACCAGAUCGCGUCGUACUUCAAUUUCUCACUGCCGGCGUACGUGACGGGGUUCCCGACACUGGUCGCAUCUCGACCAACACCUGAGGAGCCGCCUUCGCCCGAUCCGCUCAUCUUCUGGGGCUACCUGGUCAAGAACCGGUUCAUGGCUGGAGAGCUGUACGCGCUCAGUUGGUCGCUCGUGGAGUGGGUCUCCAAGGACCCUCUAGUCAAGACGAUGACCCGUGGCGCCGAAGACAAGCAAACCUCGAAGUGGAUCCGCAUUCAUCCACGUGCGGGGCAAGUGCGGUGGACCAGCGAGCGCUGCUGGAUAUACGAUCAUCCACGCGCGGGUACAGUAUACUCCCACGGUUUCCUGUUCCCAUCUGAGAUGAAACGUGUGCAAGAGGGUGUCUUGCGAGACCUUCAGCGGCUCGCGCAGCAGACAGCUGUCGCCGAGUCGUCAGCGGUUGCAAACACGCUUCCGGGACAGCAUGUCGCGCCUCCGGAGAAAUGGACGCACUCGACCGUGUCAAAGUUCCAUGUUCGGUACUCGCCGCCCGUGGCUGACCUGAACUUGGACUACAGCGUCGAGGCCCUCGUCGAGGGCAGUGACAUGUCCAUGGUACACGAUGAUGGCUCGAUGACAGCCGACCUCGCAUGGCAAUACCGUGAAGGCCGACAGCAGCGCUAUCUGGGCCAGCGCGUCGGCGGGACUGUCGUCGUACACUUCAUCAAGAAGAACAUGUGGUUCCUCGAAACUGCUGCGGCACUGCUGCACGGAGAGGACGUGACUCCGCUCGAGCGCGCUCUGGGGCAGACGCGUAGGGCUCAACAGCAGCUGCGGACGGGCCUGGGCGAUAGCUCAGUGGACGGUGUUAUCGAGGCGGCGGAGGGGCAAGAUUCGUCGUUAUCAUUAUCCGUAGGGUCCCAGACGGAGACCUCCCCCACACCUCCGCCCCCUCGACGGAACUCUUUGGACUCGAGUACACAUACGAAAGCACGGACAAAACUUCGCAGGCUGGCGAGAGAUCGUACGGCGCAUUAGCACAGUACAGGGGAGACCUUCCAUCUAAUCUAUCCCCGGCGGCUUGAAUUUGGAUUCUACUUUAUCUUCGCCCUUGCAUACCACCAACCGUUCUGUCAUUACGUUCUGUGUAUACCUUGCCGCGUCCGCAUCUUGCUUUACCACCUUAUCAUUACCACGCCGCACGUCCGCCCAGUCCCCGUCGUACCAUUGCACUUCUGACGCUUACCAGUGCCCCGUGCCCCACGUCGGUGCACAGGCCACACACAUCUUACUGCUAAUAGGCUCUCCCACUAUUCAUACAUUGAAAUGCUCCUUGUGUAAAUUAUCCCCGUAUAUCUUCCGCCAUUUUCCC